AUGUUUUUCACAAUCUGCUUAGGUCUCUUCAUUGUCUUUGGGGCUUGUGUUCUUACUGUUCUGCGCCGCAAGAGACAAACCCUGCCUCUUCCUCCCGGUCCUCGUCCAACGCCUAUUUUUGGGAAUCUCAAGGAUCUUCCAACAGUAGAUGGACAAGAGUGGUUGCAUUGGCUGAAGCAUAAGGAGCUAUACGGCCCUAUCAGCUCACUGAAUGUCUUUGGGAACAAUCUCAUCAUUAUUAACGAUGCCGAACUAGCUGUGCGGCUGCUAGAAAAGCGUUCUGGAAUACACUCAUCGCGCCCGAGGCUGGUCUUUGCUGAAAUGUCGGGCUGGCACAGCAUUCUGGGAGCUCUCAGAGACGCAACUAUUGUAAGAAAAACACGAAAACUCAUGCAUCAGGAAAUUGGCACGAAAAGUUCCAUGGCCCGCUUUAAUGAUGUUCAGGCAACGGAAGUCAGUCGGUUCCUGAUGAGAGUGCUGGACAAACCAGAGGAGCUUCAGCGGCAUAUCAAAACGGAGGCUGGAUCGGUCAUUCUGAAAAUCGCUUAUGGCUAUAAUGUUGAACCCCAUGAUCAUGACCCCCUUGUGGACAUGGCCGACAAGGCGAUGGGGGACUUUUCGAUGGCAAUGCAAUCAACAAGGGCGGUUGAAUUUCUUCCAUUCCUACAAUAUCUACCGUCUUGGUUCCCCGGGGCAGGGUUCGUUGGAAUCGCAAAAGACUACAAGGCAACGGCAGAGGCCUUCAGUGGAACACCCUACGCUUUUGUGAAACGGCAGAUGAGUAUUGGUCAGUCCAGGCCAUCGUUUUUGUCCAAUCUUCUCCGCAACAACCCAGUGGAGCCGGGAACUAAGGAAGAGAAUAUGAUCGAAUGGUCAGCCGCGGCUUUGUACGGUGGAGGUGCAGAUACAACUGUCUCAUCACUUUCGAGUUUCUUUCAGGCGAUGGCCCUAUUUCCAGACACACAGCGCAAGGCUCAACAAGAGCUUGACGCAGUGCUCGGGCCUAAUCAAAUACCAAAGCUCCAAGAUCGAGAGCGUCUCCCUUACAUGGAUGCAUUGAUUAAGGAAGUUUUCCGAUGGCAUCCGGUCGUGCCUGUGAGUCUACCACACACGUCAAUUGAGGACGAUACAUUCGAGGGCUAUUUCAUUCCUAAAGGAGCGGCGAUAAUUGCAAACAUAUGGGCGUAUACUCAUGAUGUAGAUAUAUAUCAUGACCCUAUGACCUUCAAGCCUGAGCGCUUCUUGGCCACUCCUGAUGGCCAUAUCCCAGAGCGCGACCCACGUGGGCUUGUGUUUGGAUUUGGGCGUCGGAUCUGUCCUGGACGAUUGCUGGCAGAUUCAAAUAUAUUCCUGACCGUCGCACAGGCUCUGGCUGUCUUUGAUAUAUCGAAGCCGAUACAAGACGGAGUGCCUCAGGAAAUCCCGAUCAAGUUUCUUCCGGGUGUCAUUAGCCAUCCAGCUCCAUUUGAGUUGUCUAUUCAGCCUCGAAGCGCAGCACAUAGACAGCUUAUCCUUUCACUUGAGCAGCUUUAUCCUUGGGAGAAGAGUGAUGCUGAACAUCUCGCCAGUGUGUAG